GACCUUGCACAAUUAGGGUUUUGGCUGUCCAAGGAAUAUAAACCAACAUAGCGCCUCCACUCUUUCUUCUCAGUCGCAGCUUCGCCAUCUUCCUCGCAGUUCUCGCUCCCGUCCGCGGUGCUUUAACCUUUUAAGUUUUGCUAGUUUCAAAUCACGUUGCUAAGAUGCAGAACGAUGAGGGACAAAAUAUGGAUCUCUACAUCCCGAGGAAGUGCUCAGCCACAAAUAGGCUGAUCACUUCUAAGGAUCAUGCAUCUGUCCAGAUUAAUGUUGGUCAUUUGAAUGAGAAUGGUGUAUAUGAUGGAAAGUACACCACCUUUGCCUUGUGUGGAUUUGUUCGUGCACAGGGAGAUGCAGACAGUGCUCUUGAUAGGCUGUGGCAGAAGAAGAAAGUCGAAGCCCGCCAACAGUAAUGUCUUUUGGUGGUUGUGUUUUCCGUCUUUUACUGUUAGCUUAUCUGCGCAUUGUUAGGAGCUAGUAUUUGGUUUUACAACGUUGUACACUCUAAUCAUAUCCUUGAUUUUGAAGUAUGAGCUCCGCACAAAUAUUUGCCGCCUUUUGUGUUAUAUUCAACUUGAGACUGUAAUGCAAACUUUGAGAUCCUUGUGUUUUUAUCAACUCAGUAGAGGUAUGGAAUACUAAUUAAAGUUUCUCC